AUGGAUGCGCAAAUCAAAGAUUCAGAUAGGCAAGAGAGCUAUUUGCCUUUGAUCAACAAGGUCGACAACGUCCCUCUAGACUUUGAUUUCAACAUCCUCUACGAGCUAUUUCUGCCCAACGAUGCGAGACCGCAAGGUUUCAUGGUCCCCAGCACGGUGGAGCGUCUCCCAUGGACUGCGGACUUCCACGUCGACCACGGCAAGCGCACAGUGCAGCUUCUGAACUCCACGAUUAAAGAUGACGAGGACCCCGGCAAAGCAUGCACAGCCGCCUUUCAGCGUGUCGUCGACGCCGCCAUCGCGUCUGACUCGUUCCCCUCCCUUAACAAACUUCAUAGCGAGCAUUUCAGAAUCAUCGGCGCCAACCACUUCGUCUCAAUUGAGCGGUUUCCAGCACCCCUGUUCGGCAUCUCGUCGCGCGGGGCACACAUGACGGCGUACAUCAGAACGAGCGACGGGAUGAAGAUAUGGGUGCCACGGCGGAGCGCACACUUAUUCACUUUCCCGAACCUGCUUGAUACUACCGUCGCAGGCGGAGUCAAGGCCGAGGAUUCGCCCUUUGACUGCAUUAUCGCCGAGGCGACGGAGGAGGCGUCGCUACCCGCGGACUUUGUCAAGGAGAACGCUCGGGCGGUCGGGGCGGUGACGUACUGCAGCUUGAAUCGACAAAGGGGAACCUUCUUCCCGACUGUUCUCUACGUUUACGAUCUUGAGCUACCAGAGUCGAUAGAGCCUCGGCCGGGCGAUGACGAGGUUUCUGGGUUUGAGCUGAUGACGAUUUCUCAGGUCAAGGAUGCCAUGCUGGGGGAGCAGUUCAAGCCCAACUGUGUAUUGGUGAUGCUCGACUUUUUCAUUCGACACAACAUAAUCACUUCGGAGAACAAUGAUGAGUAUUUGGAGAUUGUCACCAGGAUGCGGCGCCAUCUCCCGGUACCUACGAGCCGAGGAUGA